AUGAACAACCAAAGCAGCUUUGGCCGGCGAGUGGGUCUGGCAGUCCGACGCGCGAUAUACCAUCUUACGAAGCACACAGCCACUAUCGUAGCUGUUGCAGCCCUUGCAGUAGCAUUGAAAAGUUUUGUUCAGUUGCAACAGAUCGAUCAAAGAUCGGAUGUCAUAGAGAGCCGGGUUCAAUGGGUUGAACAGAGCUAUAAGAUGCUUAUACUUAACACGUUUGCGGAGGAUGACCUUGUCUGGCAAGGUGAAAUGGAUACCAACCACUAUCACGCGAGAUGGGGGCAGGGAGACAUCGCAAGCUUCAUCAAAACCGCCAAGGAUGUGAAGUUCAUGGCGGAAGAAUGCAUGAAACAAUGGACGAAGGACAGAAACUGGCGCCGCGAUUUCGCCUUGUGGAAAACCGGAGGUUAUAUUAUCUCGAAUCUAACAUCAAGCUCUGUGAAGCCCGAUACAAUUAGGGUUUGGGCUGGCUUCUCCAAAGCAGCCUCAAAUUCAGUUGGGCCUGAGAUGGCACUACGUGGUGACGCAUCGAUUGGUGCCUGCUGGGCAUUUCCUGGCGUGGUUGGUCAGAUUGGAAUUGGCUUGAGUCAUCAAAUUGUAGUCGAAGCAAUCACAAUCGAGCAUAUUGGUGCAAAAAUGGCGCAGAAAGACAUAACCUCGGCGCCAAAGGAGUUUGCCCUUUGGGGGUUACCAGAAGAGGAACAAGAUAAUGCCGGCCUAUUGCUUAUCCAAGGGGUCUACGAGAUCACUAGCUCUUCAACUAUACAAACAUUUGAGGCCAAAGAAGGUAUUUCCUGGCCAGCUUACCGAAAGGUCCUUUUGAAAAUAUUAUCCAAUCAUGGGAACGCCGAAUACACAUGUUUAUACCGGGUCAGGGUUCACGGAAAAGAGGUUUGA